UGACCGGCGAUCACCUACUAGAAGAUCUUAACCCCUUGUACCACCAAGAAUUAACAUUUAUAGUUGCAAUCGGUCUGAAAUAGCUAGCACCAUUGCCUCUGUUCUAGAAGCGCAUCAGCUAGCUACGAACAAUCUCAACCCAUGGCGAAUCGUGGCGUGCGUGCAAAAGUGCACAACACGUUCAAGAAAACCGAUUUCUAGUAGUACCGCUUCCUUAAGAGAGCUGCUGAUUGUCGAGGCUAUUUGUAGUUUCUCAAGCUGUUUCCCGCUCAUCUACUGCUUCCGCAAUCCACACAUCGACCCCUCUCACGCGCACUCGCGGCUCGCCUCGCCCGCAGCCAUGGAUCAGGACCUGUCGUCGGAGCUGGACCCGGCGCUCCUCCUCUCCACGUCGGCGUCCUCGUCGUCGCCGCAGGACUCCGCGUCGCCGUCCUUCUCCUUCUACCCGCCCUCCCCUCCGGAGUACACCCUCGCCGUCACCAACCUCUCCUGCCCAGCGCCGCGCCGCGCCAACGCCACCCUCCUCCCGAGGUUCUUGCCCUCCUUCUCCGCGGCCCCGCCCCCCGCCGCCGAGGGGCUCCUCAACUCCGUCUCCUUCAUCGCGUCCAGCUCAAACAUCCUGGCCGUCGUGGGCCCCAGCGGCGCCGGCAAGUCGACGCUCCUCCGCAUCCUGUCCGGCCGCGGCACCGGCUCGGAGAUCGCCAAGGCGCCCACCGUGUGCAUCAACGGCCACGCCGUCACCUCCCGCGCGCAGCUGCGCCGGACGUGCGGCUUCGUGACGCAGGACGACAACCUCCUGCCGCUGCUCACCGUCCGCGAGACCAUCCUCUUCGCCGCGCGCUUCAGGCUCGGCUCCUCCGUGACCGCGCGGGAGCGGCACGAGCGGGUGGAGGCGCUCAUGCAGGAGCUAAGGCUGUCGGAGGUGGCCGACAGCUACGUCGGCGGCGGCGGCGGCGAGGCCAUGUCGCCGUCCCGCGGGGUGUCCGGGGGCGAGCGCAAGCGGGUGUCCAUCGCGGUGGACAUGGUGCACGACCCGCCGGUGCUGCUGCUGGACGAGCCCACGUCGGGGCUGGACAGCCGGUCGGCCGUGGACGUGCUGGCGCUGCUGCACGAGGUGGCGCGCGCGCGGCGGCAGGUGGUGGUGCUCAGCAUCCACCAGCCCAGCUACCGCAUGCUCGGCUACAUCUCCUCGCUGCUGCUGCUCUCCCGCGGCGCCGUCGCGCACUGCGGCUCGCUGAGGUCGCUCGAGGACGCGCUGGCGAGGCUGGGCCACAAGAUCCCCGCGCAGCUCAACCCGCUGGAGCUGGCCAUGGAGGUCACCGAGCAGCUCCAGGCGGACCGCGCCAAGUUCGCCGAGCUCAGGGACAGCGACCAGUACGAGGAGGAAAGGGAAAGCCCCGGCGUCGCCAACGGCAGCCUUCAGGUGCCCGAGCACGGGUACCGCAGCCGCGCCGUGGAGGUGGCGGCGCUGACAGUGCGCUGCUGGCGCACCAUGUACCGCACGCAGCAGCUCUUCGCGGCGCGGGCGGCGCAGGCGGUGGUCGGCGGCCUGGGCCUCGGCAGCGUCUUCUUCCGCGUGCGCGCCGACCCGGACGGGCUGGCGCUCCGGCUGGGCCUCUUCGCCUUCAGCCUCAGCUUCCUCCUCUCCUCCACCGUGGAGGCGCUGCCCAUCCUCCUCCACGAGCGGCGCGUGCUGAUGCGCGAGGCCUCCCGCCGCGCCUACCGCCUGUCCUCCUACGUGGUGGCCAACGCGCUGGUGUUCGCGCCGUGCCUGCUCGCCGUGGCGGUCCUCUUCUCGGCGCCCGUGUACUGGCUGGUGGGCCUCCGCGCCUCCCUGGCCGCCUUCGGGUUCUUCGUGCUCGCCGUGUGGCUCAUCGUGCUCAUGGCCAGCUCCCUGGUGCUCUUCCUCAGCGCCGUGUCCCCGGACUUCAUCCUCGGCAACUCGCUCAUCUGCAUCUUCCUGGGCGUCUUCUUCCUCUUCUCCGGCUACUUCAUACCCAAGGAGAGCAUCCCGAGGUACUGGGCCUUCAUGUACUACGUGUCCAUGUACAGGUACCCGCUGGACCUGCUGCUCAUCAACGAGUACGGGGGCGGCGCCAGGGACAAGUGCGUGGCGUGGGUGGGAGGGGACGCCAUGACCGGUGACGGCGUUUGCUUGAGCACCGGAGGCGACGUGCUGAGGGGGAGAGGGGUCGACGAGGGCAUGAGGUGGGUCAAUGUGGGUGUCAUGCUGGGCUUCUUCCUCGUGUACAGGAUCAUGUGCUGGGCUGUGCUGGUGAGGAGGGCGUCCAAGACCACUCUCUGAUCCUUCCUUCUUUCCCUUGUUUUUGUUUGUCAGCUUCAUUGGUUUGGAUCAUAUAUACAAGCCGCGUUAUUUGUUUGCUUUUGUGCUGUAGUUUGCUCUUUGUUUAGAUGUGUUGAGUAAGAAGUGCAAUGCAAGUUUGCACUCAUGUGUGUAAAAUGCUUGAUUUGGGUUCAUGAAAAGAAAAUUUCAACCUGUCUACCUGAA